UUAUGUACAUCGAGUCAAUGUGAUUAGCACGAGGCAUCGGCCAUGUGUAAGAUUAAAACACAUUGGAACACAUCGAAUGUACCAUGUUUAUUUGUCGUGUCCGUCAAAAAUCAUUGAAAUCUGAUUCAAAUCAGACGGAAGAAGAGACGUCUUCAAACAGUUGAUAGUGUGUUCUGUACGUUUCAUCGUUCACUGUCACGGUGGGGAAAAUUGGAAAAUGUACAAAGCAAUAUACAGUACGGUCAUGCGAAAGGGUAUGAACGUGAUGGAACGACCGAUGAAAAGCGUGUCGAUGCAACGGGGUCUCAUGAAGCCUGAGAAAGGGUUGGACAAGCAGACUGGUAGAGUGGCUAAUCUAAAAAGAUAUUGGUUUGGCAGGUACAUGGAUUACAUCAAGAACUAUGAGCACACGCUGGAGCAGAAGUUUCCGCGCACGAUGCAGGUGUACCGUGUGUUCAGCGUCGGCAGCAGAGACGUAUACGCGGACUUGAAAAGGUUCGUCUCCGCGAUAAAGAAACAAGGGUCGAAUGGCAUAGACAGCUUGACGAGGAAGGAGUUGCAGUUGAUGCACAUGAUGCCGAGAGACCUGAGAAAACUGACGCCGUUGUUUCUGCUGUCGGCUAUACCGUUUACGAAUUACAUUAUUUUUCCCUUAGUCCUUUACUUCCCGCGCUACCUGCUGACGUCCCAUUUCUGGACGCUGCAACAGAAGCUCGAAUUCAUGUUGCACGAUCACAAGAGAAGACUGAGGCACAACAGACCAUUGUUCAGGUGCAUGCAGGCGGAACUUAAGACUAUCGGCGAUCAAACACUUAGGAUAAAAUGGCGAGAUGUUAUAGCCUGUUUGGGUAGUGGCACGCAUCCAACAACCAACGAUAUCAUAGCCUGCUCUGUGCUCUUUUCCGGGCCGCCGUAUUCUCUAGAUGUUUUGAAGAGGAAACACAUGAAAGAAUUAUUAGCGAUAUAUGGUAUGAGUUCUUGGAGACUUUUCAAGAGAAAAAGAUUGAUGGAGAGAGGUAUGCUAAUAUUGCGGAUGGAUCGUGCCAUAGUACGAGAAGGAGGAGUUAAAGCAAUGUCUAAUGAUGCAAUGCGAUGGGCAUUAUCCUUUAGAGGUGUAAAUCCUACAAAUAUGUCUACAGAAAGCAUGAGAAGUUGGCUUGAGCAAUGGUUAACAGUAUCAGCAUCUGUUGAUCAGAAGAAUAUAUCUUUGUUACUACAUAGUCCAAUUUUAUUAGCUUAUAAUCAUUCAACAAAUUGGAUUCUUAUAUAUAAUUGAAGAGAAAGAAAAAAAAACUAAUCUUCAGAGUUUUCAAUCAAUUUUAUACGUACCGAUAUCUUGUGUUUUAAGAAACCAAGUUGGUCAAAGAAGUGGUCUGUACUGAAGAUUUAACGGAAAGAUUCUCUCUUUUUGCAGGAUGUCUGACAUUUUAUCUAAAUAAGUUCUCACAAAUACAUGGUUUAGUAUCUCUAGUCAUUUUAACAUUUACUUCUUUUACUUCUAUCAAAUCUCUCUUCAAUGUUAACAGUAUUAUAUGAUUCUGUAUUAAUUUAUUAAAAUAUUAAUUCAUUUUAUUUUCAAGCGUAUGUAAGCAUAUUAUGUAUAUGUUACAUUACAUUACAUUACAUAUAUACUUAAAUUCUGCAAAUAAAAAUACCUUGUAUUUAUUUCUGGUCCAGUGCCUCAAUAAAUAUACUACAUACAAAAUUCUUUAGUAUAUAAUUAUGCAUAAUUUCAAGCGGAAGAGUGCGUGUGUGUAG